AUGACCCAGACAAUACCCGAUUCACCGGCAGCGUCGAGGGCUCGCUCGACGACCCACGAUUUGUCUCUCUUGCUUGCGGAUAUCCCUUUCCAGAUCUGCUUUGUCCUUCUGGCCACCAUUAUUGGGCCGUUGUACCUCUUCGUCUGGACCCUAGAUAUCCUGCCAGUUGCCCUCUUAAACAAGAUUUACUGCGGUUUGCAAGCGACCUGCCUAGAAGCCACCGAUAUUGCCGAAAGCAUGGAUCGAUUUACUCGCACCAAAGAGCACUACCUGCGUGGCAGGUAUCGAAGGGAAAGUCGACAACCAGAGACACCUGCGGCUCCUCCAGCGGCAGACCUCACCUUUGAUUUCGACUCUAAGGACUCAACGCUCGACCUUAGCUUCGAUAUCGAAAAGCCUUUCGUCAAGGAUGAGUUCACAACGAAGACCACGAAUCAGAUCGAGCCCAGCGACGAUAUAGGUGUAGCACUUUCAGAUGGGCCAUCUUGUAAAGAGCGAGCACAACUCAAAUGUUCACGGAUCAAAGAGGAGCAGAACCAAUGUGUACCGCAACCGAACGAGUGGAUCUCACCUGUCCCAGAGGUCCCGAGUGAAAUACACGUUAGGUUCUCUGUCCGAGGCGAACAACCCUCGAGGAAUCUCCCACCUUGCUCCAUCUACUCCAGAGAAUGGAGGCAGCGAGUAAGACGGAUAAUCGCACCUCCAGAGCAAACUGCGGAGUAUAUCUCGGCAGAGGACGCAGUCGAUAUGUCUGAAAGAAAUUCCACCAACGUUAUGGGCUCAACAGAACUGCCAGACCCAGAGAAUGGGGACGGAGCGGAUAAGGAGCCUUCAUUGCUACCAAAGCCAUCUCUGAAAAGCGCAAAUAAAGCAGCCGAAGAGCAGCCGCUGCACUCCAGUUCCCCUCCCGAGAGCAUCACCAAGAGCAGCAGAAAGCGUCUUUCCACAAUCGGAAAAUGGCUUUUGCGGCCGAAGACCCUCUGGGGCAAGAGAGCAUCUAUCUCAAUCACUAACCCCAGCGUCCAAAGGAUGCUCUCAAACACGCCUACUUCCUCGUCCAAGUCUUUUCAGGAUGCAACUAAUCAAAACCAGAAUCAGCGAAUUGGUGGCGCUUUUCGAGCCCGAGUAUCACCGAAGCAAGCUGAAGCCCAAGAUCAAUUUUUUCUAGGGCGCCACCCCACAGAAUCUCUGCGUGGUGGAGGUAACUUCGACUCUGUCAAUACAAGUCAUCAGUGGGGCAAUGAUCAUGAUGCGUUCAAUCGUCACAGACGUGGACCGCACCGUCGCCAAUCUUCAGAAAAUUCGCUGACCCACAUUCAGAUACAACGAAGACCAAGUCGACGGACACGGGGAUUUGAUGAUAGAGGAGUGCAAAGACCUGAGCAAAGUGCGCAGAAACCUAGUAACCGAAAACCUAAACGUCUUACACAGGAACCAGGAGAUCCAGGAUCGACUAGGACCUCGCCUUCAACCCUAGCCAACCAGGCGGAAGACACUCCGCCGCACGGACUCCUUGACGAGACCCAGAGCUCUCACACGCCUCUUUCUCAUCGUCCCAGCCCUAUAUGUGAGCCCACUCAACAGAGUCAUUCUAGUUCCCACCAUAGCGAUCCUUCGCCACCAAUCGCAGUCUGCAACGAACAACCAGACACGAGAGACAAUUCAUGCCAGGCGCCCCCUCAGGCAGGACCUUCUCUACCACAACAACGCAUCCCUUCCACACAUAGAACAUCGAUCCGAAUCUCAGUGAGUGAUGGUCGUGUGCUCAGCACGGCAGAGUACAAGGCUCUGCCGGAGAAGAGAGCGGGUAUGAAAGCCAUUACACUCCAAGAUAGGGAUGAGAAUCAGAACAAAUCUGUAAAUGGAGUGGAAUCCAAAGUCGAAGGACCACGACAUGAACGACGGCCUGCAAGCAGAGGAGGAACUAGGUUAGACAAGUCAACAUUCGCAGGACCAUUUCCAAAGGAACUCCAAACGCCAGGUGCACCCCAACUGGAGGCGAAGACGGAGAAAACGACCCCCGAGGGAGGCGCUUCCAGACUUCAGAAGGGAGUAGCGGGAGUGAAGGCACAAUCCAGGAAGCCCGUGCUGUGGAAGUCAACUACCGGGAGACCACCGGUCGCAGCCGACACCAAAGCACACUCCGCCGGACCACUGCUACCAACCGACCAUGGAAAGGAAGAAGCAAAUAUAAACGUCAAGUCGAAUGAGCACUCGACAGCUAUUACGGGACCAUCAAGUCAACAUCCAGCUGCUGUUCCCAGCUCCUCGACGAGGCAACAACACUCCACUACCGCUCAGACGUCAAGUCAACAGUCCCUCACUGCAAGCGCGUCAAACAGAAGAAAUGCAGCCGCCGCUGGUUCAGCGGCUGAGCAACCAACAACAAUCCCUGUUGGCGAAGCGUCAGUCGUCGGCCCAUCACCUGUAAGCUCACUAAGCAAGCGGCAAGGAACUGGUUCGAGACAGGACGCAACGACCGGGGAAUCCAGUCGACUUCGGAGCUACUCUGACGACGAAAAUGCACGAAGGAAAUAA